AUGUCCAUUUCUGGGACUCUUAGCAAUUAUUAUGUCGACUCUAUUAUAAGUCAUGAAAGUGAAGACUCGCCUUCAGCUAAAUUUUCAUCUGGGCAAUAUACAAGUUCCAGGCAAGCUGGGCACAAUGAGCAUCUAGAAUUCCCCUCCUGUAGUUUUCAGCCAAAACCUCCAGUUUUCAGCGCCUCCUGGACUCCUUUGAAUCCACAUUCUUCUGGUACCCUUCCUGCCGUCUACCAUCCAUAUAUUCAACAUCAAAGCGUCCCAUCUGAUAGCAGGUAUCUACGGAGCUGGCUGGAUCCAGUACCCAGAGCAGAGAACCUCCCCGGGCAGGGAUCUGUUAAGGCAGAGCCGCUGCUGGGCCGUCCCGGGGAUGUCCAUAAACAGGGAACACAGGAGUACAAUUUAGAAACUUCUGCUGCAAGGGAAGGGAUCGUUUCCAAUCAAAGGCCCAGCUUCGAGGACAAUAAAGUUUGUGAAGGAAGCGAAGACAAAGACAGGACAGAUCAAACCAACCCAGCUGCCAGCUGGCUUCACGCCCGUUCCUCCAGGAAAAAACGAUGCCCUUACACCAAAUACCAGACCCUGGAACUAGAGAAGGAGUUUUUAUUCAAUAUGUACCUGACGAGGGACCGUAGACACGAAGUGGCCAGACUCCUCAACCUGAGUGAGAGACAAGUCAAAAUCUGGUUUCAAAACCGAAGGAUGAAAAUGAAGAAAAUGAACAAGGAACAGGGCAAAGAAUGA